UUAACACUUUGUUGAUUAAAUACAUACUACAAUAAAACAUCUAUAAAAGGGAAAAUCCCCAGUCACCCACGCACUUCACAACACAAAAUGGCCUCCUCUUCAACCCCACCUUCUCCUCUUGAUUCCAGUCCUAGAGAAGACCUGUGGGCCGAAUGGCUGGAACCAUUAACAAAAUGGCAAACCUUUGGCCUGUACUUACCAGGAAUAAAACAAAAGGACAUUGAUAAGAUUGAAGAGGACAAGACUGGAGUGGAGAGUAGGAAGAUGGGACUGUGGACUAAAUGGACUGGGGUAUAUCCACCUGGUACAUGGACUGAUGUCAUUAGUGCUCUUAAGAGGCUGAAAGAGAAUGCACUAGCAGCUGACAUUGAAGAGAGACUGAGGAAAGGAAAAGUAUUUGAAAUUAAAAGCCCUCCUGCUGUUGCUCCUCCCCCUCCAUCAGUUGAUAUUAAUAAAUUAAGACGAAUAAUAACUGAAGUGAUACGAACUAACUACGCUACAUUCAAUAAAUCACUGAAAGACAACAUUAAACAAAUUUCCCGUGAAAUGUUCGCUCGGGGUCUCCUCUCAGAGUCAGUGAAAGAGUACCCAAGCUAUGACAGCUUAAUACGAGAGUUUGAGGCCGGACUGAACUUUAAGAAGUCUGUGAAAGCGAUAGAGGAACACUGCAAGAAGUUCAUUGAGAGUGUAAUGACUCAGAAAGGACCUCCAGAGUCACAUGCUAGAGAGAUAGCGGAGGAAUGGAGGGAAGAAGUCUUGAAGACACUUCAUUUUGAAUUUAACGUUUUAUAAUAAUAAUAUUAGUCUAGUUCUGCUAUCAUAUUAGUAAGUUUAUUAUUAUUGUUGUUGUUGU